AUGCCGUCCCACUACCAAGAAUGGCGAAAACCAAUCACGCUUCGUUGCGCAUACGAAGAUUUGACCAAUCACCAUCGGGAACUCUACCAAGAAUGGCCUGAGGCCCCGCCCAUCCAGAGAACAACGUCAAGUGUGCCUACAGCCACUCUGCGCUCGUUACUGAUUGGGAAAUCCCAGCAGGCUAUAGACAAGUCUGUCAAGAGGCUGUUUUCACAGCAGAAGUUUCAGCCGUCUAUUCCUGCUCAGUCUACUGCACAUUGUUCAUCAGACACAGUGCAGCAGGAACCCACUGACAGCGAACUUGUGCUAGCCGUUCAAUGUGUGGAAGCAGACACUGCACUAAAGACUCUUGAAUUUGGUGCAUUGGAAGUAAAUGAGAGCUUCACUGUCCUGGUUCCUUGUUCAGUGCCCCAUGAUGCCCGGCUGGCCGAAGGAAACAGCCUCUGCUCCGGAAGGCUGGAGAUAAAACAUCAGGGAGAGUGGAGGGCUCUGAACACCAAAGAAAGAGAGGCCGUGGUGAAGUUAGGGUAUGCACGAGUGGCAUGCAGACAGAUGGGUUGUGGCUCUGUGGUUUCUAUAGCACACAGGCCCAACAGCAGCGGCCCCAAACCAGCGUGGGAGGUUAAUUUCACCUGCAGAGGCACUGAGCAGACCCUGAAAGAGUGCAGCAAUGCUAUAACAAAGAGAAGAGUGCAAAGGAAAGAUUCUUCUGGCUACAGUCUGGAGGUCAUCUGCUCAGAGUCUGUAAGGCUUCUUGGAGAAUCGGAUACUUGCACGGGGAGCGUGGAGGUGAAGUUGGAUCAGGGUUGGGCCUCAGUGUGUGAGGACGGAUUUGAUUCUGAGGCUCAAAAGGUGGUCUGCAGGGAGCUCGGCUGUGGGCCUCCAGGGUCUUUUAGGGGGACAUUUAGAAAAGGAGAAGGAACGGUCUUAUCCAAACAGCUCCAGUGUAAAGGCAACGAGUCUCGUCUUAUGGACUGUGCCAGUUCGAUCCACAGCAACUGCACACCAGCAUCUGGAAUUUCAUGCUCUUUCCGUGGGUUUUCAGGAAACCAAAACACUUUGUUGACGUUUGUCAGAAGGUGGGCUGUGCAGAUGCCAUCUCAUAUUCUCAGAUUUCCCUUUCACAAAGUCAACCUGUGUGGUCACUGUCAACCAGGUGUGGUAGUUACUCUAGUUCCUCUUUCUGCGAAGCAUGGAGCGAGGAAUCUUCGACCGUAGCCAUUAAUAUGACUUGUUCAGAGUCUGUGAGGCUGGCGAACCUACAAUCAAUCGACAGAUGUUCAGGCAAGGUUGAGGUGAAGUCUGGUCAAUCAUGGGUUCCAGUGUGUGAUUCUUUCUUCAGCCCACAGACUGCCAUAGUCACCUGUAGAGAGCUCCAGUGUGGGUUUCCUUUGACUUACCAUGGGUUGCACAACAGCGCCCAUUUCCAAAAUGCAGAACUCGCCUGGAAUCCGGUCUUUAUGUGUGAAGGCAAAGAGAAGCAUCUCAUGGAUUGUCCCUCCACUAAGAUCAAUACCACAGAACUAAGACAAUGUGGAAACACUCACCUGACCUGCACAG